UUGCAAAAAAAUAACAUAAACCUUAAUUCACACUAGAGAGUAGAGAGAGCUCACCUUCCCCAAUUUCAAAUUUUGUCAAUCCAUAAAAUCGCCCGCCCAACUCACAUCCACAAUCAGAUCCUCCUCCAUCGACUAAUUUCCAAUUUCUUUUGCCCUUUUACUUCUCUCUUUGGUUCUGGUGCAGGUUUAAGGUCUCUAAACAAUACCUUACCUAGGGAAACUAAUCUUCAAUUCCUAUUUUUUGAUGGCAAACUCCGAUUCUACUCUACCUGUUCCUGCUUCUGCUGCUUCUCCGCUCUCUGCAAGGAAGGAGAAUGUGGUGCCGGCUAGCUCCAAAAUUAAGGAACUGACUGAAUCAAGGCAAGAGCUGCUCAAUAGGAUUCAGAGCUUGAAAACAGAUCUUCAAAGCUGGAGAUAUAAGUUGGAUGGCCAAGUAAAGGUCUAUCGAGAUGAACUGUCGGAUCUCAAGAAAUCACUGAAUGUUGAAGUGGAGCAACUUAGAUCUGUGAGCAAUGCUCUAGAAUUUCAAGAGUUAAAAACAACUCUUCAGCAACAGCAGGAAGAUGUUACUAACAGCUUAAGAAACUUAGGGCUUCAGGAUGCCUCAGAAGAAACAAAAGAGGCUGAAGAUGUCAAGCCUGAUAACAAUGAAGAUACUGCUCAGGAUUUGCCAAAGGACAAUGGUAAAGACACCGAGGAGUAGGCUGAGUUACGUGCAUCCUUUCCCUAAACGUUCUCAUCUUCUUCGAUGAAAUAUGGUUGGGCAUUGUGUGCUAGGUUAAGAAGUGUUCUCUUAUUCUCAUUUAUGAUGAGAUGAAGUCUUUCAUUGAAUUAGCUAGGUUUGGUGAAUGACUUCCUUUCCUCCCAGCUGUUAGUUCAAGGAUAUUAGUUGUACUGCUAUUGACUUGCAAUUUUCAUGAGGGGUAAUCUGAUGGAUCAUUUAAUUUAUUGCA